UACAGCCGUUAAGUCUGUGCGUAAAUGCACUGUGCGCCAUUUGUCUGCCAUUUUAAACUUUAUUAUUAUAAUAAUUAUUUUUUGUCAUAUCAUCCUGGAUCGGGGUCGGUGAUGUACCGCCAUCAGCAACCGCGUUGCCCUCUCGCUGCGUCCUCGUCAGUUCGCGCUGGCUCCGGCGAUGUUGCCUAGUUUUUUGGUUGCGUGGAAACUAAAAAGGCUGCACCGAGCGAGCCCUGAACUGUAGGAGCAUUUCCACCAGUGGCGCUUCGUGUUAGCCGGAGCGGCUCUCAGCGCAAGUUUAACGAGCUGCAAGAGGACCUGGUGGAAGCGAACCAAAACACUGAUCGAACAGCCUUUUCGGGAGCGCUGUGAUCUGCCGGACCAGCGUUAUUGUUGGGCACUUGCUGAGAAACACACACCAUGAAAAGGAGAGGGAAAGCGGCAAAGACGUUCAAUAGCUACUGGGGAGGUUGAUGUGGAUUUCAGGUCCUGCACCCAGGUGGUCCUUCCUGGAGCAUGCCCGUAUCCCACGAUGUCCCUACUUGCGGACUUGCUUCUGCGCCACUCAGUGGUUAUGUGUUUGCUGUUGCACAGCCUGGUGCUAAUGACCUUCUGCUUCCACCAUGCUGCCACCAGUUGCUCUAAGAGCUGCUACUGCUCUGAGAGUGAGAGCGGCGGCAAGACGGUGCGCUGCAGCAAUCUGCAGCUUACAGAGAUCCCCCAGGAUAUCCCCAAUGACACACGACGUGUCUACCUGGACUUCAACCUUUUCACUACAAUCCCAACCAAUGCUUUUGCGGGUUUGCCCCACCUAGUUGAACUGGAUCUAUCACAUAAUGAACUGAGUCAGUUAGAACCAGGAGCAUUCAAAGGCCUGGGCUCCUCACUACAGUUCCUAGACCUUUCUUCGAACAAGUUAGCAAAGUUUAACCCUGAGGCCUUCGAGGGACUACGGGCUCGCGCCAACCUAACAAACAAUCCAUGGCAUUGCGAUUGCAGCUUGCAGAUGGCCAUGCCCCGCGUGGACCUAGAGCCUGCAUCGCUGACAGGCAUUGUGUGCCAGACUUCAGAGCCUGAGGAGAUAGGCGUUCAAGGACUUGCCUUCCUGUUGGCACCGGACAUAGACCUAUGUGUGGUGAUGAAGAGGACUACAGAUGUGGCCAUGCUGGUUGUCAUGUUCGGCUGGUUCACCAUGGUCAUCUCCUACCUGGUCUACUAUGUUAGGGCUAAUCAGGAGGAUGCCCGCAGACACCUGGAGUAUCUCAAGUCAUUGCCCAGCAAACAGGGCAAGUCAGAGGAGUCUUCCACCAUUAGUACUGUGGUAUAGGGCUGAUGGAGCUACACGUGGGACUUGAAGUGGUAGCCAACCUACAACCUGCAAUUACAUGGUCGUCAUCAGUCUCAGAUGGUUUUUCCCGGCUGUUGUCAUUGAUCCAAGGUGGGCAACAAGACAUGUGCCUGCACAAGCAAACCAGACCAACUUAGCCCAGAUGAAUAAUUUAUCUUUCAGCAACCCAUAAGGAGUUUGGCUGAGCUGAUGGUCUGGUCUGUACAUUAAGGGAAAAAAAGAAUGAAUGUUUCUGGUGAACUCCAAAUAUAGGAUACAAAUGGGAUUUAUCCAGUGGUGCAUGCACAUUGAUGUGCCUGGCUCAUACACAGACAAUUCAGGAGGCAACAUCAGACAGUGAUAUAAACGAUGGAAAAGGCUACACUAAAAUGAGGAACUCCAUGUACAACUGUUUUGCAUUCAAACCCUUACGGUAAU